GAGAGGAAAUUCUGUACAAACGAAAAGUUCCCGACGUGUUCAAGAUGUCUGGCUCUGACAGUCAUAAGGGGAGUUUGGAGGAGGUUAGUUAUGAGGGAGCUGCUGGUGCCGAGCUGUCCAGUUGUGCCUUGGCGAUGCUGGAGAGGGAACGAGAAUCCAUACACAGCCCCUCAGAGAGCCCUGGUGCUUCCACAAUUCUCCCAUCUACUGCCCUUGUGCAGGGCUACGAUGUGGAGUUUGACCCACCACUCGAGAGAAAAUAUGAAUGCCCUAUCUGCCUCAUGGCUCUCAGGAAUGCCAUUCAAACACCAUGUGGGCACCGUUUCUGCAAGAGCUGCAUCGAGAAAUCAAUUCGGGAUACAGGACAGAGGUGCCCAGUGGACAAUGAAAUGCUGUUAGAAGACCAACUGUUUCCUGAUAACUUUGCCAAAAGGGAGAUUCUUUCACUCACUGUCCGCUGUCCAAAUGCUGGCUGUACUGACAAAAUGGAGCUCCGACAUUUAGAGAAUCAUUUGGCACAGUGUCCAUUUGCAACCAUGCCCUGCCCCCAGUGCCAGCAGUCAGUGAGAAAAAUCUACUUGGAGGAACACAAAACCAUAGAGUGUCGAAGAAGACCGAUGUCCUGCCCAGAUUGUGUUGCAAGCUUUGUGUAUGAGGAGAAGGAGCUUCAUGAGCAGCAGUGUCCCUUUGCUACCAUCAUGUGCCAGUACUGUGAGCUGGUUCUCAUCAGAGACCAGAUGGACUCUCAUUGUGAUACAGAUUGCCCUAAAGCCCCUAUUGCCUGUACCUUUAGCACUUUUGGAUGUAAGGAGAGGAUGCAACGACACAACCUGGCUCAGCAUAUGCAGGAGUUUACACAGAUGCACAUGCGCUACAUGGCAGAGUUUGUGCGCUGCCUUAGCCUUAACGGCACCACACCAAAGUCACUUUGGGCUCUUGGACCUUCUCUUUCAUCUGAGGAUCAAGGAGCAGCAUCUGCAUCAUGUAGAGGAAUUGCAAGCUGUGGCCCAUGUCAGCCAAGCGAAGAAAUGCAGAGGAUACGGGAUAUGGAUGGACGAUUAGUAAAACAGGAUCACCAGCUCCGUGAGCUUAUCAUCUUAGAAGAUACUCGGGUAGGGCAGCUUGCACAGCUCCAAAAAAGAGUAGCUGUUCUAGAGGAGACUGUGAAGGAAUUGGAGGCACAACAAUGUCAUGGUAUCUUCAUCUGGCGUCUCAGAGGUUUCUCAGCCCACCUCCGGAACCAAGAAGCCGGCCUGCCGGUGGUUGAGCACAGCCCAGGCUUUUACACGGGCCGACCGGGCUACAAACUGUGCCUCCGCUUACACCUGCAGACCCCCAAUGCCCCACGCUGUUCCAACUACAUCUCCCUCUUUGUCCACACCAUGCAGGGAGCUUUUGAUGGACACCUGAGCUGGCCUUUCCAGGGCACGAUCCGUCUCGCCAUUCUAGACCAGGGUCCUGAUGCGCAACAUCACAUGGAGGUGAUGGAGACUAAGCCAGACCUUCAAGCCUUCAAGAAACCUACCAUUCAGCGUAACCCCAAAGGUUUUGGUUAUGUGACUUUCCUGCACUUGCAUCAGCUGAGUCAGCGAGCUUUUGUCAAGGAUGACACCCUCCUCAUCCGCUGUGAGGUAACACCACGUUUUGACAUGUUCCAACGUGAGGGACCCACAGUGCAGCCAAGAGGCCCUGAGGCCUCCCGGGACUAAUUUAUAUGGCAUGUCAUGCAUGUUUCCCAGACUGUGUUGAAUGUUCAAAUGUGCUGGGAUUUUCUCAACAGAUUUAAAAUGUCUUUGUAUGAUUCUUUAAUGCAGUUUUAUUUUAAUCAGGCCUAGGGUUGGGUAUUGAGAAUUGAGAACCAAUUGGAACCGGGACUAACAUUCCUGUUCCCCCGGAAUCGUUCAAAUAAAAAAAUUUCAAUUGGGUGAGUGUGAAACAAUAAAAUAUGUCUAUGCCAAAAUUAACAAGUUAAACGGUCGGUUGCGCUCUUCCACUGAUAGUUUUUAGCAUUUAUUUUAGUCUUCAAAUAAACGGAAGAGCUCAUGACAGACUCAAAAAUACAAUAUAAAUUACUUUACCAUACUGGAAAUAGGCAGCACGGUGGGCGACUGGUUAGAGCGUCUGCCUCACAGUUCUGAGGACCGGGGUUCAAUCCUCGGCCCCGCCUUUGUGGAGUUUGCAUGUCCUCCCCGUACCUGCGUGGGUUUUCUCCGGGCACUCCGGUUUUCCCACAUCCCAAAAACAUGCGUGGUAGGUUAAUUGACGACUCUAAAUUGCCCGUAGGUGUGAAUGUGAGUGCAAAUGGUUGUUUGUUUGUAUGUGCCCUGCGAUUGGCUGGCAACCAGUUCAGGGUGUUCCCCGCCUCCUGCCCGAUGAUAGCUGGGAUAGGCUCCAGCGCUCCCGCGACCCGAGUGAGGAGAAGCGGCUCAGAAAAUGGAUGGAUACUGGAAAUAAAGUAGAAACAGUCACAUUACAACCUUAACAUUGAGCUAAAACUUCACCAAAGGUCAAAGUAGCAACUUUACAUCACAAUGAAUUGGGACAAAAGUCACAAAAACGUUGUCUUACAGUAUCACAAACCCUAAUCUUUUGUCUCAUCGUUGGGUAGGUAAAGGAAUCAACGUUUUACAGAGCAUUUGGUUCCAUUCAUUAGUCUUUUAAUUGGAUCUUGUUUUACUUUCAUUUUUACUGGUGUUUUGUGACCUUAUUUUUCAUGCCAAAGUGCAGAGUUCUGGUGCUUACCCUUCAAAAUAAAAGGCCACAUGGUUAAAACAGGAAGUCAAGUUAAAACUUGCAAAUACAAACCAUUUUACGUGUUAGAACAGUCGAAAAUACAUAUUUUCACAAUGCUAUAUUUAACUUUUAGCUGAAACAUUAAUGAAUAUUAAGUCAAUUGGGUUAAUUCCACACACAUUGCCUUUGGGUUCAUAGGUUUGAUAUUGAUACUGGUUAUAAAGAACCCUGAGUCAAAUGUUCAUUUUAGUUUAUGCUGCGGGCUGAUAAGAAAAUGAACACCCUUUAUUUAAACCAUGCAAAUAUUUUUUGACCCCGCCCCCUAAAAGAAUCGUAAUCGAGAAUUGUUUGGAACUGGAAUCGGUUCCUGCAUCGCUCAAAUUCAAACGAUGCCCAACCCUAAUCAGGUCAGAAAUAUUCUGCGUAAGCACAUCUUUUAACAAGCAAGUAUGUGCAUGUCGAUUUUCUCCCAACAAAUAGACUGUUACUUCAAGCGCUGUUUUAUUGUUGUUGUUGUUACUUUUUUUUAAGUAUUCUUAUUAUUAUUAUGACCAGCACGUGCAGAAAAACGAUGUAUAUAAGCCAUUACCAAGCCCUUUUAUUUUUGCAUUGAAUAAUAGUUCACACUGGCACUGGAUGAACACAAAUGAAAGCAUGAAAAAUAAUUGAUUAUUGACUGAAAUAAUUAUUUUAUUAUUACUUACAACUUUUUUUUUUUUUUUUUUUUUUUUUAGGUUUGUCCAAGUUAAUACAAAUAUUGUUUGUGAUUUAACUGCACAAGAUUUAUAUCUUAAAAAUGUGCCUUUACAUUUAUUUAGUUUUUCUCCUGCAUCAUUAGACUAUUCUAUUCAGAUUAUUAAUGAAAAAUAACUUAUUAACCAGUGAUGAUAUGUCUGAUGUGUUUGAGAACAUUUUAACUAAUCAUUGAAAUGUGAUAACUUGAAAUAAAGGU